AUCAAAUAACAAGCAUCUCAAGAAUGUUCGCCGUACUGUUUUUAUUCUCGCUAGAGCUUCCUCUGUUCACGUUCGCAAACAGCAAUUGUAGCAGGGUUAUUACUGACAAAGAGUUCGCUUUACGCUUUCCAAACAACUCAGCCUCUAAUGAGACUUGUAAGUUCAGAUUUGAGGGACCGAAUUGUCCGACUUACUACACUUUGGAUUUCGAGGAAUUCAAGCUCAAAGACUCCGCUAAUUGUAGCGAGGAGAAACUUGAAGUGAACGGAGUCGCAGUUUGCGGGACAGUGCAUGGUAUAACGAGAUAUUUUGCUGGUAAUGGGGCGCUUAUCUUGCAGCUUAAAAUCAGGAAUGACUCGACCGUGAAAGUUUUCGUGAAAAGAUCGGAUUGUGAUGUUGGAUUGAAGACGAGGUUCAAAGACGUCGAGGAAACAACGAAAACGGAUGUGUUAGUAGACAUCCAAAAACUACAACUGGUAAACGAACGUACUGAAAUCUUAGACGACGACAGCGAUCCUGAAAUCAGACCAGCCAUCAUCAAAAGCAUCUAUUUCUUCGCCGCGCCUGAAGAUUCGGAUCCUGAAGUCAUUCCAAGAAUUCAUCAUACACAAAAAGAAACAUUGAAUCCAAGGUACGAUAAAUUCGAGUGCAACCAAAAUGGGAAUUAUUCUCCUUAUAGCGAGAAAUGCAGAAACAGUGCCAGAAGUAAUACCGGCGAGGGAUGUAUAGAAUUAGAUUAUUUGAGGGGAUACUUCAAGAGCCCCGGAUAUCCAUUUUACUAUCCUGGGAAUCUGAAUGUGUGCUACAGGUUCCGCGUCCAGCCUGGAUAUUGUGCCGUUCGAAUUUUCAUGAACGAUUUCCAGAUCGAGGACAGUUUCAGAUGCUCCAAGGAUUAUUUUCUGAUCCCCGGAGAUUAUUUCAAGUACUGUGGCGUGGAUCUGUUCGGGAAGACUGUAACACUGGACUUAACCGCAACGCAAUACGCAGUCAUCCGAUUCGUGUCGGAUUCGUUUUGGUGCGGCCGGGGAUUCACCGGUCUGUUCGAGCAGAUUGCCUGUCAACAGCCAUACAACCCAAUUAAUCCGACCACUGAAAUCGCCCCCACCCCUUUUCCCACGCCCAUUCCCAGGGAAAAGCCUACAUCUUGCGAUGCAGUCAUCAGGGAGAAGAGGUUCUCGAUACGAGUGGACGGCCGCUUUGACAUGUGUCACUUUAGACUUUUCAAAUCGUCCGAGGAGGUAUGCAAAUUCCGACUGUUUUUCCGAUACUUCAAUACCGACUGCCAAGGAGACACCCUCAUUAUUAACGGAAGGAAUUAUUGCGGAAAUCUAACGGGACAGACUGUUACAGUGCCAGUAAAUAUCUACAACCAAAAUGAUGUGAAGGACAUAACCUACAAAUCGACAAGGAGGACUUCAUACAGCUUCAAGGAAGACUUUAUUAUUAUAGACGGAGAGCAGCUUUCAGAUGACUGUUCAAUUGUAGAACCUGAGGUCCCCGCUCAAAGGUUACUUGAAAGGCCCAACAGGAAUGACAGUAUUACUACAGGAGCUAGAAGAAAAGUUUAAUCUGAGCCAUACGACCAUUGUAGAUACAAAACACGAAACGCAGAAAGACAUAGGUGACAUAACUGCUGCGAAAAAACUCACAAAUCCUCAUAACGUUGAAACCAGGCAUCUUAGGAGCAUGCGCUAGAUAUAGGCAAAAUAUUAUUGGCAUUUGUGUCUGAUCUAAGGAUGAACUGGACGAUUGCCAAGACAAAAAUAGUACAGUAUUCUUAGUAUUAAAUCCAUGAUAAACAAGACCUUUUGUUAUUGUUCCAUGAGAGCUACACCUCCAUAACCCACAAUGACUGGACUAAAUACCAGCUAGCCCUCCCUUUUGUUAUUCCAGGAACACAGGCUAACGUGAUAUACAUGUCACAUGAUAUGCUACACGACCAUUGGCGUAACGUGGAGAAGCUAUGAAAGUACUUCUUUCAAAAUGGUAUGGAGCAGGUUUGUGCUGAAAUAGUGUUGAAUAAUCUAAAAA